AUGUUGCAGUCUUCAAAGCCUGGGGAGCCAUUUUGGGAAAGUCCCUGGGGUCCUGGAAGACCUGGGUGGCAUAUUGAAUGCAGUGCCAUGAGUGCAGCUUAUCUUGGUUACUCUUUUGACAUCCACGGUGGAGGAAUUGAUCUUGUGUUUCCUCACCAUGAGAAUGAAAUUGCUCAGAGUUGUGCUGCUUGCAAGAAAAGUGAUAUAAGCGUAUGGAUGCACAAUGGUUUUGUUACAAUUGAUUCUGUGAAGAUGUCGAAAUCUUUGGGAAAUUUUUUCACAAUACGUCAGGUUAUAGACAUUUACCAUCCACUGGCUUUGAGAUAUUUUUUGAUGAGUGCUCAUUAUCGAUCUCCUGUUAACUACUCAAAUAUACAACUUGAAAGUGCUUCAGACCGUAUCUUUUAUAUAUAUGAGACAUUACACGAAUGCAAAAGCUUCUUGAAUCAGCAUGAUCAGACAACCAGAAAAGAUUCCAUCCCACCAGAUACAUUGAAUAUUAUUGAUAAGUUCCAUGAUGUUUUUCUGACCUCAAUGUCGGAUGAUCUUCACACGCCAGUUGUAUUGGCUGGAAUGUCUGAUCCCUUAAAAUCAAUAAAUGAUUUGUUGCAUACCCGUAAGGUUAAUGUCAGUCGAUCAACCUCUGGUUUUGGUCAUACUUGUAUCUAA